UUAAAUUACUUAUUUACUGUUCAGAAUGAAUCGUUAUGAUGGUCAAUGAUUUGGACACAAAGUUGGUUUCAAAAGAGAACAGAGGUCUUGAAAAGCUUGUUGACAUAGCAAAAGAUUACAGUGAUGACUUCAUUACCUUAUCAGCUGCUCAUGUCGAAGAUGCCACGCAUGGUAGAGGGCACUACGGGAAGGCUUAUGCAAUGGAGAGUAACUCAAGCUCUGUACGAGUAGCUUUCAACAUAACCUACAGCAAGAUCUGGCGCUACUUCAUUAUCCUCAUCAUUGGAACACACUGCCUCCUUGUCUUCUAUAUCACCAAUCAACCUCAUUAUCUUAUUCUGGAGAGUGUUUGUGUGCUGUGUUACAUUCUCGACAUUUUAUUACACAUCAUCUUCUACACUCCUCGAACAUUCUUCAGCUUGUCAAAAACAGCUUUGAAAUCAAAACUGCAGUUUAUUCUGACAGUGUUCUUCGUUUUCGACCUUUGUUACACUUACUAUUGCUACUUUUAUUUAUCAGUAGAUCUUCUGGAGAAGGCUAUCCCAUUUCAGUUCCUCCGGUCAUUUGUAUUUAUCAUCAAGAUUAAAACAUUGUAUCAUUUCUUCAUGGUAGUAGUUAAGACUUUUGCCAGAAUUUUACGGACGAUAUUUGUAAUUAUCCUCUAUGUGUUGUUUUUUUCAUGCAUUGCAGUUCAUAUAUAUGGCGAGAUUUAUGAAACCUCAGACAAUGAGAUAUAUAAAGGAGAGUUCAGCAACGCUGCAUUAGCAUUUAUAAGAAUGUUUGUCCUCAUCACAACAGAAAACUAUCCAGAUGUAAUGAUGCCCGUGUAUAAAUAUCACAAUGCAACGUUUAUUUAUUUUGUUGUUUUCAUUUACUUUGGUGUGUUCAUACUGAUGUCUAUUCUGUUGGCCAUUGUUGUCGACAACUAUUGGACCAUUGCUAAGAUGAAUGUGAAAAAGGAGAGGCUCAGAGGGAGAAAGGAACUGGCUAUAGCUUGGAAUUUACUGGGGGAUGGUGCAGACACACUGUCCGUCUAUGAUGAGAACUUAUUGAUGGUAUUUCGGAAACUGAAGCCUAUAAAUGAUGACGAGGAGAUUAUAAUACUCCUUCAACAGCUAACUGGUGGUACCACCAAGUCGAUAAUAGAGUACAAGUCAUGGCUGACCCGCUGUAUAGACACACUAGAUCUAGAAGUAGAGCGAACAGAAGAGAAUGAGGAGGACACCAACCUGAUAUCGGGACUGGUGAAGAAGAGUGGAGGAAAGUUUAUGAUUUACCUGACUCUAACCAUCCAAUCCACAGUGCUACAGCGCGCUGUUAUCAUCCUACUCUUUAUCCACACAUUCCUUAUUGUGGUGUUUCAGACAGGUCAAGAGGAGCUGGGCAGGAUAGUCCAGUGGCUCAGAGUGGGAAUAUCAGCUUUGUUCGUGGUGGAGGUGGUUGUUAGGUUCGGUGUUCUGGCCUAUCUCCAUUGGGAGGAUUCCGGGAGGAAGAACCGGACACUGAACGACAGAUUUGUGAGAUGGAUCAAGCGUGCAUCUGUUAUGAACGUUGUGGAUGUUAUAUUUGUUGUGCUAGGAACUGUAGCUAAUGCAUCUUGGUUCUACAUUGACACUUAUUACGAAGCCCCUGAGGAGUGUAAGCUCACUGAGUACAUAGCUAAAGGUCUGUGUGUAGUGUCCUCUACUGUACUCUUUAUAUUGAGAUUAUUGGUCAACUCAGAGGAAGCUAUCAAGAUGUUUGCUCUGCUGAAGCUCAUUAUUCCGGUCAUGUUUGAUCUUAGUGCUCUGUUCUUCAUCGUUAUCUACUCUUUCGCUUCCUUGGGAGAAACCAUUUUUACUGACUCUGUAAAAAUGAGCUAUGGCACCGGUUCACCCGAAAAGCUCACAACGUCAGAUCAAAGCUGUACAAAAUAUGGGUUUGGUUCCAACUGGUGUUCCUUUGUGACCUUAUUUCAAGUAUCAACCACGAGCAACUGGCAUGAAAAGAUGCAGAGCAUUUAUAAUUCGGACGCAAAAUACGGAGGUGCUGCAUACUUCAUCAUCACCUAUAUAAUAUUUCACAUGGUUAUAAUCAAUCUAUUCGUCGCCAUCUCAUACGAAGCAUACAACAAGUUCGUCUCUAAACCGAAACAAGCCAGGAAGAGCGGAUCAGCCAGGCCCAAGAAGCUGGGUCAGCGUAUCAAGCUUAGGUUCGGGAAGUUCAGAAACUUCUUCACACAGUACACAAAAGGAACCCGGAAGUCAGUUUCCUCGUCUCCCCGUCCUGCAAGAAGAGCUUCUGUCACCAUUAAGCGCAGGUCUCUUCACGGUAUGCGCGAGAAAAUCUCAGAUUCGUCUCUGGGCGAAGCUAUUCUGGAAGUCCGAGAAGACGGGGUAGGUGAACUACCAAAAACUCCUGAUUUAUCGAGUUUACCUCGGGGGAAGAGACACGAGAUGAUUUUGAAACAGAGGAUGCAGCAGAAAGGGGAAGCUAAGGGCCGGCAGAGAAGACAGAGAAAUACCGGUGAUAAAGUGGGGAGUCUUGCUGAAGUAGUGCGACAAUACACCGCUAAAAGUGACGAGGAGAUAUCAUUGGCACCCGGCCAGAAAAUCAAAGUGCUUGACAAAGCUGGGACAAAGUACAAGGGAUUACUUGUUGACGGGCCAAAUGCUGGCAAGAAUGGGUGGUUUCCAGCCUUUGCGGUGGGUUCCUUCGUAUCCGAACUGAACAAAGCACAAGAAAAAAAGCCACUCCCAAAAACUGAAUCACAGCCUAAGUUUGUGAGAAAGCAGAAUGCAGACUGGACAAAAGAUAUUAUCGGACCAAUGACCAUCAUGAACCCAGAGGAACUGAAAGAACUAAACAAAAUCCUCAAAGCAAACGCGAGGGGGGCACGUUCCAGUACGGACAGUCACCGAGGGAGUAUUGACAGUGCGAGUACCCCAACUACUCCCAAACCUGCUUCUUCUCCUAUUUCUCCCGGACCAAGAGUAUCCUCUCGUAACAGUCGUGUUCCAAUAAUGAACAUUGUAGAGGAGGAAGAGGAAGAGGAGGAGUCUGAGAAUGAUAAUGUUUUUCUAGAAAUUAACAAACUUUACAGCAAACCAAUGCAGCUUCCGGAAGUGAUAAUCGAGCAACCCUCAAUUGUGUUAGAGGAAGAAGAAGAAGAGGAACCUGACCAAAAACACUUGCACAGCCCCAAAGUGCGCACCCCGGAGAUGAAAGCGAAAGAGAAAUGGAAGAAGAAGAUGACCAACAAAACCAAGGACAUGCCAGAGUGGGCCAAGAAGUUUAUGUCACAGUCUAAUGCUAAAGUAACGGAUGCUGCAUCUAUUAAGUCCCCUACAGAGUCUGAUGAAAUAGAUCCUCUGUCCAGGUUCAGCACCACAUCUGAAGUGCUGCCUAUAGAACAACCAGACCUUGUUAUUCAGAACACCACUGCUUCCAACCAAUCCUCCCCAGAACUGGAAAAGGUUUCUGAAAAUAAAGUUUCUGAAAAUAAAGUAUCUGAAAACAGUUCAACAAUUCUCAACAUUCCGGAAAGUCCAAGAACAGAACCCUCCCUCGCAGUAACUCCCUCUCCCAAUGUAACUGUUGUGUUGCCCAUUACAGAGGAGAGUUCUGAACCACAGGAUACUGUCACACUUUCUGAGCAAGACCCCCUAAGUCCCUCAAAGCCCUCCUUAAAGUCCAGGUUCAGGAGGAACAGACCAAGAAGGAUAGGGAGGUCUGGCUCGUUGCCAGGUAGUUUACCAAGUUGCGGCGAGAAGAGACAAGCUCCUGUAGUGCGAUCUGAGACUGAGGUCAGGAUUGUCGUUCAGCCAGCGGAUUGCGAGCAAAUAGUAGACUUUGAGUAGUUGAUUUGAUUUUGUAGUUGUAAAUUGGAACUGUAAAUAGUGGAAUUAAGUUAUUGCUAUUUUCAUAUUAAUACACACUAAUUGCAGUAAUUAAAGUAGUAAAUUUAUCUCCUAUGGAAAUGAUGAGUAGUUGUUUUGUAGUAAUUUAACAUUUGACAACCGUA